AUGGUGAAGUUCUCACGGCUUCUGCUCGGCCUUCCGGCCGUGUGGAUGCUCGCCGCCGCCGCUGCAGCGGCGGACGACGUCCCGGCUGCACGGGGUCCUGGCUGCGCAACAAGGUGCGGGGACAUCGACGUCCCGUACCCGUUCGGCCUAGACCCGCAGUGCGCGAUCCACGCCGGCUUUCAGCUCAAUUGCACCACCGUCGGCCGCACAACCAAGCUCUUCCACAAUAACCUGGAGGUGAUCAAGCUCUCGGUGCAGGAUGGCAAGGCCUGGCUCAAGACUUGGAUCUCUCGGGAGUGCUACAACCAAACCACCAGCGGGAUGUUGUACGGCAACUACGCGUGGAUGAACAUCACUGGCUCGCCCUAUGUGCUUUCGGCAGACGAUAACAAAAUCAUCGUCCUCGGGUGUAACAGUUUCGCCUACAUGCGCAGUGACUCCUACAUCAUCGGCUGCUUGGCGACAUGCGACGUCAACAUACCACCCAAGAACGACUCAUGCUCUGGUACUGCUGGUGCUGGGUGCUGCCAGGUGGACCUCCCGAAGGGCGUGCGGGUUUACCAAGGCUUUUUCAACUCGUUAUACAACACGACUGCGAUAUGGAGGAACACCCCUUGCAAUUAUGUGACUGUCAUGGAGAGAGCAGCCUUCAGCUUCAGCACCACUUAUCUCACCUCUUCAGUGUUCUACGACAGAGACGACUCGAGGUCUCCUGUCGUGAUGGAAUGGGGGAUUACGCAGAAGACAUGUGAAGCUGCCAAAAUUGACAAGAAUGUGCCCUACGCGUGUGUUAGCAACUAUAGCGAGUGUAUCACGAAUGAUGCAGGCUAUCUAUGCAAGUGCUCCAGGGGAUUCAAAGGCAAUCCAUACAUCGCAGGCGGAUGCACAGACAUUGAUGAGUGCCAGGACAAGGUUACUUACCCUUGCGCUGGAAUAUGCAAAAAUACAGUGGGGGGUUAUAAUUGUUCAUGCUCGCCGGGAAAAAGUUUGAUCAAUGGCGUUUGCGAAAAAAAGCAGAAGUCAGUUUGGAUGGCGCCAGUUGUUGGUGGAAGUGUUGGACUUGUCGUUCUUGUGAUUGCCAUUACUUGUACAUAUUUGAUCCGAGAAAGGCGAAAGCUACACCGGAUCAAACAGAUGUAUUUUCGACAACAUGGUGGUCUGCUGCUAUUUGAGGAGAUGAAAUCACAACAGGGUGUAGCAUUCAAAAUCUUCUCCGAAGAAGAACUACAACAAGCCACAAACAGGUUUGAUGAACAGCAUGUCAUUGGUCAUGGAGGCCAUGGAAAAGUCUAUAAGGGAGUUUUGAAGAGCGAUGCUGAAGUAGCCGUGAAGAGAUGUAUGACAAUCGAUGAGCAACAAAGGAAAGAAUUCGGCAAGGAAAUGCUAAUCCUAUCCCAAAUCAAUCACAAGAACAUUGUCAAGAUCCUCGGCUGCUGCCUUGAAGUUGAAGUGCCCAUGCUAGUAUACGAGUUCAUCCCAAAUGGUACUCUGUUCGAUCUCAUCCAUGGAAACCAUGGCAAACACAUCUCCUUGGGCACUCGCUUGAGGAUUGCCUAUGAGUCUGCAGAGGCCUUAGCUUACCUCCAUUCAUGUGCAUCUCCACCAAUCAUCCAUGGUGAUGUCAAAUCGACCAACAUCCUCCUGGAUGGUGACUACACAGCAAAAGUCUCCGACUUUGGUGCAUCCAUCCUAGCGCCAAAUGAUAAAUCACAAUUUGCUACACUUGUCCAAGGAACUUGUGGGUACCUGGACCCGGAGUACAUGCAAACAUGCCAAUUGACAGACAAGAGUGAUGUGUAUAGCUUUGGAGUUGUUCUCCUAGAGUUGCUCACACGCAAGAAGGCAUUCAACCUUGAAGGGCCUGAGCAUGAGAAGAGCCUAUCGAUGAGGUUUCUAUAUGCGAUGAAGGAAAACAAGCUUGAGAAUAUCCUGGAUGAUCAAAUCAAGAACAAUGGCAACAUGGACUAUCUCGAGGAGAUUGCAAAGUUAGCGUGGCGGUGCUUGGAGAUGAGUGGUUUGAAUAGGCCAUCAAUGAAGGAGGUGGCAGAUAAGCUUGAUAGGUUAAGGAAGGUCAUUCAACACCCAUGGGCACAUGAGAAUUCUGAAGAGUUGGACAGCUUGCUUGGAGAGCCUCCCUCUAUGGUCAGCUCGGCAGUUACUACAGAGUCCUUCAGCAUUGCAAAGAAAAUCGCUAUGGGCUUAGAGUCAGGGCGCUAG